GGCGCGACUCGCAGCGUCUGUGGUAACCCGGACUGCAGUGAAGGAGAGGGCGAAGGGCGUUGAGCUGUGGGCUGUCUGCCUGGGGGCGGCGGCGGUACCUCGGGGGGUCCCAAUCGGUUCCCGGUGGUCAGAGGAGGAGGAGGAGGAGUGCAUCCCUCACUCCAGCUGAGAGGAGGGAAAAUGACUGCUGGUUCAGUGUGUGUUCCUCAAAUCAUACCACUGAGGGUGCCUCAGCCCGGAAAAGCCAACCAUGAAAUUGAUAACAAUACACUUUUGGAAAUGAAGUCAGACACCCCAGAUGUCAACAUCUAUUAUACCCUCGAUGGCAGCAAACCUGAAUUCCUAAAGAAAAUUGGUUAUGGCGAAAAUAAUACAUUUAAGUACACGAAGCCUAUUACCCUGCCUGAUGGAAAAAUACAAGUUAAAGCUAUUGCAGUCUCUAAAGACUGCAGACAGAGUGCCGUUGUAACCAAGGUGUUUCAGGUGGACUUUGUGCCACCAGAUGCAGCCUCUUCAGAAGACGCUGUGGAAAAUACCCUCAAAGAUUCUUCAAAGCAGGAUUUGAAAAAUGGAUUUGUUGAACCAAAAGUAAGGAAGAAGUAUAAGAAUGCUGAAAAUAAACUGGGUUGGAAUGUUAACCUUGGAAAAUUUCCAGAUGUGGGUGAAAGAAAUGACCCUAAAACUUUAAAAGAUCUUCGCUUCUCAGAGAGUCCACGGGAAACUCCAGCUUUCCGUAAGAAAACAGGCUCUAGACCAGCCACCCAACAGACCCAGUUCCCUGGUUUUGCGCACAUAACUGGCCAGAAGAGUUUGACAAGCACGGAGAUCAUGAGAAUUCAAAGGGAGACAGACUUUCUCAAGUGUGCCCACUGCCUCGUGCGCCGCCCGUCUGAUCCCUUUGCUCGCUACUGUCUUGAAUGCGGCUCUUCUGUCCCGCCCAUAUUUGGCUGUCGUCUGCCACCCCCAGAAGGAGCUCAGAUGGGCCUGUGUGUGGAGUGUGAAAACCUGGUGCCCAAUGCCCCCAUCUGUGUGGUGUGCGAGGCCCCUCUUGCUCCACAACUGCAGCCACAGGCCAGCCUCCGCCUGAAGGACAAAGUGAUCUGCCGCACCUGCGACGGGAAUCCUGCUCACCUGAGAUACUGCGUCACCUGUGACGGGCCCCUGCCUUCGUCGCAAGAGCCUGGCACUCCUACCUGCUACUCUGUUUGCUCUAAAUGUGGGGCCAGCAAUCACCCAUCUGCCCAGUUCUGUGGCUCCUGUGGUAUUUAUGUGAAGUCCUUGGCAAGACCAAGCAUGGAGAACAGCCUGGCUCCCGCUGCUGGAGAACCUGGCCUUUUUGCUGAGCCUCGAUCUGCCUGGCAGUCCCUCAGUGUUACUUUGCCCAGAGCUGAUGCUGGGACCAAGAAGGACACAGGCACACAGACCACUGGCCUCUUCUACCCAUCUGGGACGCUGCUGGCGAAAAAGAUGGAAGUGGCCUCUCAGAAGCAGAGGCAGGAGAAAAUGAGCGACCAUAAGCCUCUCCUAACAGCCGUCAGCCCAGGAAGAGGAUACUGGAGAAAACAGGUGGACCACAUUGCCGCUCACCUCCGGUCUUAUGCUCAGAACAACCCUGAAUUCCGGGCCUUGAUUGCAGAGCCCAGGAUGGGAAAGCUUAUCUCUGCUACUGUCCAUGAGGAUGGCUAUGAAGUCAGCAUCAGGCUGAAUUACAUUCAAGUCUCAAACAAGAACCUUUACCUAAACAAGGCGGUGAACUUCAGUGACCACUUUCUGAGCAGUGUCACCGAGGGUGCAAACGGCCUGUAUGGCAGCAGGUCCAGCUUGGUGAGUGACUAUAGCCAGAGCCCCUCGGACGCCGCCGAAAAAGUCACAAGGUCCAAGAAUUUCAAGACCAAAGCGUUUCAAGAAAAGCAGCAGCUUACACCUGAAAACAUGCUCCUGCUGAAGGAAGUUGGACCAGCGGGGGAAGGAAGAGCCUCUGUGAUGGAACAGCUGCUUGAUGAGGGAGCAGACCCCAACUGCAGUGACAAUGAGGACCGCCCCGUCCUUAGCACAGCUGUCAUGAACAAGCACCAUGAAGCGAUUCCGGUUCUUGUGCAGAGAGGAGCAGACGUGGACCAGCAGUGGGGACCGCUCCAAAAUACAGCUCUUCAUGAAGCAACCCUGCUUGGCCGGGCAGGAAUGGAGUGCAUCGCUGCCUUACUGCGAUGCAAUGCGAGCGUCCAGAAGAAGAAUGCACGAGGCCAGACAGCAUACGACCUGGCUCUGGAAGCCGCGGAUGAGCCUGUCACCUCGCUCUUUGCUGCUCAGCUCGGCCUGGAUGACCGUGAGCCCUGAGGGCCCCACAGGCCUCCGUAAAGAAACCACCCAGCUCUAGCUAGUCUUGGUCCGCUUCUUUCCGCAAUGUGUAUUUGAGCUUUAGAAACUGAGGUCGAGAGGCACUCCUAAGAUUUUUAAAAAUUGGAGUUCCCUGGUGGCCUAGUGGUUAAGGAUCUAGUAUCGCCACUGCAGCAGCUCGGGUCCCUGCCGUGGCACUGGUUCCAUCCCUGGCCCAGGAACUUCUGCAUGCCACAGACAUGUCCACAAAAAAAAACAUUAUGUGACCAUAUAAGCCACCAAUAUCACAUGAGUAUUUCCCCAACAUGCCCUGGAUGGUGAUGAGCUUAACUAACAUGCUUUCAGUGGUGUAUUGCUGCUUGUCUUCGAACUUGCUUUUAAUUUUAAUUUUUUUCCCCAGUAGAUCCUAGUUACCUAUGGCUUUGAGCUAAAAAGUCUAAAAUAUUGUGUAGUGAAGAGUCUCCCUCCCAUGCCUGUCCCACAGCCCCCAUGUCCCCUCUGCAGAAGCAGCCAGUGACGCCAGCGUCAACUGUGUCUUUCCAGGAGUAGUUUAGGAUUGUAGAAGCGCCUGUGUGUUGUGUACAUUCGUGUUCGUGUAGCGUAUACGUAAGACGUAAAUAAUAGAGGUGACACUCAUUUAUUCUUUCCCCUCUGGUAAGACAACUAGUGGGAAACCCCACACUACCCUGCAUGUUCUUGUGCCUAAAAUGUCUUGUAAGUGGUUCCAAAUUAGUAGAUAAAGAUUGAGCUUAUUGAAAAGUUUCCCCCCUGAGCCGAACUCCUCAAUAUUCCUCUUGUUCCGGUCUGUUCUGUGGUUGCCAAGUAAGCUUCAAAUAAACCAAUUGCAGGAAUGUG